AUGUCAUUCUCCCUUCCCCCCUGCUACCCCUUUCAUUCUCCCUUCCCCCCUGCUACCCCUUUCAUUCUCCCUUCCCCCCUGCUACCCCUUUCAUUCUCCCUUCCCCCUGCUACCCCUUUCAUUCUCCCUUUCCCCCUGCUACCCCUUUCAUUCUCCCUUUCCCCCUGCUACCCCUUUCAUUCUCCCUUUCCCCCUGCUACCCCUUUCAUUCUCCCUUCCCCCCUGCUACCCCUUUCAUUCUCCCUUCCCCCCUGCUACCCCUUUCAUUCUCCCUUCCCCCCUGCUACCCCUUUCAUUCUCCCUUUCCCCCUGCUACCCCUUUCAUUCUCCCUUCCCCCCUGCUACCCCUUUCAUUCUCCCUUCCCCCCUGCUACCCCUUUCAUUCUCCCUUCCCCCCUGCUACCCCUUUCAUUCUCCCUUCCCCCCUGCUACCCCUUUCAUUCUCCCUUCCCCCCUGCUACCCCUUUCAUUCUCCCUUUCCCCCUGCUACCCCUUUCAUUCUCCCUUUCCCCCUGCUACCCCUUUCAUUCUCCCUUUCCCCCCUGCUACCCCUUUCAUUCUCCCUUCCCCCCUGCUAGCCCUAAUUCUCCCUCCCCUGCUACCCCUUUCAUUCUCCCUUCCCCCCUGCUACCCCUUUCAUUCUCCCUUUCCCCCUGCUACCCCCUUUCAUUCUCCCUUCCCCCAUGCUACCCCUUUCAUUCUCCCUUCCCCCCUGCUACCCCUUUCAUUCUCCCUUCCCCCCUGCUACCCCUUUCAUUCUCCCUUCCCCCCUGCUACCCCUUUCAUUCUCCCUUCCCCCCUGCUACCCCUUUCAUUCUCCCUUCCCCCUGCUACCCCUUUCAUUCUCCCUUUCCCCCUGCUACCCCUUUCAUUCUCCCUUUCCCCCUGCUACCCCUUUCAUUCUCCCUUCCCCCCUGCUACCCCUUUCAUUCUCCCUUCCCCCCUGCUACCCCUUUCAUUCUCCCUUUCCCCCUGCUACCCCUUUCAUUCUCCCUUUCCCCCUGCUACCCCUUUCAUUCUCCCUUCCCCCCCUGCUACCCCUUUCAUUCUCCUUCCCCCCUGCUACCCCUUUCAUUCUCCCUUCCCCCCUGCUACCCCUUUCAUUCUCCCUUUCCCCCUGCUACCCCUUUCAUUCUCCCUUCCCCCCUGCUACCCCUUUCAUUCUCCCUUCCCCCCUGCUACCCCUUUCAUUCUCCCUUCCCCCCUGCUACCCCUUUCAUUCUCCCUUUCCCCCCUGCUACCCCUUUCAUUCUCCCUUUCCCCCUGCUACCCCUUUCAUUCUCCCUUCCCCCUGCUACCCCUUUCAUUCUCCCUUCCCCCCUGCUACCCCUUUCAUUCUCCCUUCCCCCCUGCUACCCCUUUCAUUCUCCCUUCCCCCUGCUACCCCUUUCAUUCUCCCUUUCCCCCUGCUACCCCUUUCAUUCUCCCUUCCCCCUGCUACCCCUUUCAUUCUCCCUUCCCCCUGCUACCCCUUUCAUUCUCCCUUCCCCCCUGCUACCCCUUUCAUUCUCCCUUUCCCCCUGCUACCCCUUUCAUUCUCCCUUUCCCCCUGCUACCCCUUUCAUUCUCCCUUCCCCCCUGCUACCCCUUUCAUUCUCCCUUCCCCCCUGCUACCCCUUUCAUUCUCCCUUCCCCCCUGCUACCCCUUUCAUUCUCCCUUCCCCCCUGCUACCCCUUUCAUUCUCCCUUCCCCCCUGCUACCCCUUUCAUUCUCCCUUCCCCCCUGCUACCCCUUUCAUUCUCCCUUCCCCCUGCUACCCCUUUCAUUCUCCCUUUCCCCCCUGCUACCCCUUUCAUUCUCCCUUCCCCCCUGCUACCCCUUUCAUUCUCCCUUCCCCCCUGCUACCCCUUUCAUUCUCCCUUCCCCCCUGCUACCCCUUUCAUUCUCCCUUCCCCCCUGCUACCCCUUUCAUUCUCCCUUCCCCCCUGCUACCCCUUUCAUUCUCCCUUUCCCCCUGCUACCCCUUUCAUUCUCCCUUCCCCCCUGCUACCCCUUUCAUUCUCCCUUCCCCCCUGCUACCCCUUUCAUUCUCCCUUCCCCCCUGCUACCCUUUCAUUCUCCCUUCCCCCCUGCUACCCCUUUCAUUCUCCCUUCCCCCCUGCUACCCCUUUCAUUCUCCCUUCCCCCCUGCUACCCCUUUCAUUCUCUCUUCCCCCCUGCUACCCCUUUCAUUCUCCCUUCCCCCCUGCUACCCCUUUCAUUCUCCCUUCCCCCCUGCUACCCCUUUCAUUCUCCCUUCCCCCCUGCUACCCCUUUCAUUCUCCCUUCCCCCUGCUACCCCUUUCAUUCUCCCUUCCCCCCUGCUACCCCUUUCAUUCUCCCUUCCCCCCUGCUACCCCUUUCAUUCUCCCUUCCCCCCUGCUACCCCUUUCAUUCUCCCUUCCCCCCUGCUACCCCUUUCAUUCUCCCUUCCCCCUGCUACCCCUUUCAUUCUCCCUUCCCCCCUGCUACCCCUUUCAUUCUCCCUUCCCCCCUGCUACCCCUUUCAUUCUCCCUUUCCCCCUGCUACCCCUUUCAUUCUCCCUUUCCCCCUGCUACCCCUUUCAUUCUCCCUUCCCCCCUGCUACCCCUUUCAUUCUCCCUUCCCCCCUGCUACCCCUUUCAUUCUCCCUUUCCCCCUGCUACCCCUUUCAUUCUCCCUUCCCCCUGCUACACCUUUCAUUCUCCCUUCCCCCCUGCUACCCCUUUCAUUCUCCCUUCCCCCCUGCUACCCCUUUCAUUCUCCCUUCCCCCCUGCUACCCCUUUCAUUCUCCCUUCCCCCCUGCUACCCCUUUCAUUCUCCCUUCCCCCCUGCUACCCCUUUCAUUCUCCCUUCCCCCCUGCUACCCCUUUCAUUCUCCCUUCCCCCCUGCUACCCCUUUCAUUCUCCCUUCCCCCUGCUACCCCUUUCAUUCUCCCUUCCCCCCUGCUACCCCUUUCAUUCUCCCUUCCCCCCUGCUACCCCUUUCAUUCUCCCUUCCCCCCUGCUACCCCUUUCAUUCUCCCUUCCCCCCUGCUACCCCUUUCAUUCUCCCUUCCCCCCCUGCUACCCCUUUCAUUCUCCCUUCCCCCCUGCUACCCCUUUCAUUCUCCCUUCCCCCCUGCUACCCCUUUCAUUCUCCCUUCCCCCUGCUACCCCUUUCAUUCUCCCUUCCCCCUGCUACCCCUUUCAUUCUCCCUUCCCCCCUGCUACCCCUUUCAUUCUCCCUUCCCCCCUGCUACCCCUUUCAUUCUCCCUUCCCCCCUGCUACCCCUUUCAUUCUCCCUUCCCCCCUGCUACCCCUUUCAUUCUCCCUUCCCCCUGCUACCCCUUUCAUUCCUCCCCUGCUACCCCUUUCAUUCUCCUUCCCCCCUGCUACCCCUUUCAUUCUCCCUUCCCCCUGCUACCCCUUUCAUUCUCCCUUCCCCCCUGCUACCCCUUUCAUUCUCCCUUCCCCCCUGCUACCCCUUUCAUUCUCCCUUCCCCCCUGCUACCCCUUUCAUUCUCCCUUCCCCCCUGCUACCCCUUUCAUUCUCCCUUCCCCCCUGCUACCCCUUUCAUUCUCCCUUCCCCCCUGCUACCCCUUUCAUUCUCCCUUCCCCCCUGCUACCCCUUUCAUUCUCCCUUCCCCCCUGCUACCCCUUUCAUUCUCCCUUCCCCCUGCUACCCCUUUCAUUCUCCCUUCCCCCCUGCUACCCCUUUCAUUCUCCCUUCCCCCCUGCUACCCCUUUCAUUCUCCCUUCCCCCCUGCUACCCCUUUCAUUCUCCCUUUCCCCCUGCUACCCCUUUCAUUCUCCCUUCCCCCCUGCUACCCCUUUCAUUCUCCCUUUCCCCCUUCUACCCCUUUCAUUCUCCCUUCCCCCCUGCUACCCCUUUCAUUCUCCCUUCCCCCUGCUACCCCUUUCAUUCUCCCUUCCCCCCUGCUACCCCUUUCAUUCUCCCUUCCCCCCUGCUACCCCUUUCAUUCUCCCUUCCCCCCUGCUACCCCUUUCAUUCUCCCUUCCCCCCUGCUACCCCUUUCAUUCUCCCUUCCCCCCUGCUACCCCUUUCAUUCUCCCUUUCCCCCUGCUACCCCUUUCAUUCUCCCUUCCCCCCUGCUACCCCUUUCAUUCUCCCUUCCCCCCUGCUACCCCUUUCAUUCUCCCUUCCCCCCUGCUACCCCUUUCAUUCUCCCUUUCCCCCUGCUACCCCUUUCAUUCUCCCUUCCCCCCUGCUACCCCUUUCAUUCUCCCUUCCCCCCUGCUACCCCUUUCAUUCUCCCUUCCCCCCUGCUACCCCUUUCAUUCUCCCUUUCCCCCUGCUACCCCUUUCAUUCUCCCUUCCCCCCUGCUACCCCUUUCAUUCUCCCUUCCCCCCUGCUACCCCUUUCAUUCUCCCUUCCCCCCUGCUACCCCUUUCAUUCUCCCUUCCCCCCUGCUACCCCUUUCAUUCUCCCUUUCCCCCUGCUACCCCUUUCAUUCUCCCUUCCCCCCUGCUACCCCUUUCAUUCUCCCUUCCCCCCUGCUACCCCUUUCAUUCUCCCUUUCCCCCUGCUACCCCUUUCAUUCUCCCUUCCCCCCUGCUACCCCUUUCAUUCUCCCUUCCCCCCUGCUACCCCUUUCAUUCUCCCUUCCCCCCUGCUACCCCUUUCAUUCUCCCUUCCCCCCUGCUACCCCUUUCAUUCUCCCUUCCCCCCUGCUACCCCUUUCAUUCUCCCUUCCCCCCUGCUACCCCUUUCAUUCUCCCUUCCCCCCUGCUACCCCUUUCAUUCUCCCUUCCCCCCUGCUACCCCUUUCAUUCUCCCUUCCCCCCUGCUACCCCUUUCAUUCUCCCUUCCCCCCUGCUACCCCUUUCAUUCUCCCUUUCCCCCUGCUACCCCUUUCAUUCUCCCUUCCCCCCUGCUACCCCUUUCAUUCUCCCUUCCCCCCUGCUACCCCUUUCAUUCUCCCUUCCCCCCUGCUACCCCUUUCAUUCUCCCUUUCCCCCUGCUACCCCUUUCAUUCUCCCCUGUUCAUGUCACAUUUUAUAUCAGUGCAGCUGAAGGUGAAGAAAGGCAAGGUUGCGGAGGAUGCGAAGAUUGCUGCGAAGAAAGCGAAGGUUGUUGCGAAGGAAACGAAGAGUGCUGCGAAGAAUGCGAAGAGUGUUGCGAAAGAAGCGAUCGAAACGAAGGUGGUCAAGGCGAAGAAGGAGACCAAGGAAGUGAAGAAGGAGAAGAAGGGAAAGAAGGGGACGGAGAACGAGAUUGUAGAGAAGAAAGAAAAGGAGACGAAAGAUCUUAAGAAGGGGAAAAAGGAGGAGGAGGAGAGUGAGGAGGAGGAGAGUGAGGAGGAGGAGGAAGAGAAGAAAGUGAAGAAGGAGGAGAGUAGUGCGGAGGAGGAGAGCAGUGAUGAGGAAGAGGAGGAGGAGAGUGAUGAGGAGGAGGAGGAAGAAAAGAAAGUGAAGAAGGAGGAGAGUAGUGAGGAGGAGGAGAGUAGUGAUGAGGAAGAGGAGGAGAGUGAAGAAGAGGAGGACGAAAAGAAAGCUGUGAAAAAGGAGGAAAGUAGUGAGGAGGAGAGUAGCGAUGAGGAGGAGAGUGAGGAGGAGGAAGAGAAGAAAGUUGUAAAGAAGAUAGCAGCAAAGGAGGAGGAGGAGGAGGAGGAGAGUGAAGGGGAGGAGAGUAGUGAAGAGGAGGAGAGUGAGGAGGAGGUAGAGGAAGAGAAGAAGGUUGUGAAAAAGGAAGAGAGCAGUGAGGAGGAGGAGAGCAGUGAGGAGGAGGAGGAGGAGAGUGAGGAGGAGGAAGAGGAAAUUAAGAAAGUGGUAGAAAAGGAAGAGAGCAGUGAGGAUGAGGAGAGUAGUGAGGAGGAGGAGGAGGAGGAGAGUAGUGAGGAGGAGGAAGAGGAAGUUAAGAAAGUGGUGAAAAAGGAAGAGAGCAGUGAGGAUGAGGAGAGUAGUGAAGAGGAGGAGGAGGAGGAGAGUGAGGAAGAGGAAGAGGAAGUUAAGAAAGUGGUGAAAAAGGAAGAGAGCAGUGAGGAUGAGGAGAGUAGUGAAGAGGAGGAGGAGGAGGAGAGUGAGGAAGAGGAAGAGGAAGUUAAGAAGGUGGUGAAAAAGGAAGAGAGCAGUGAGGAGGAGGAGAGUAGUGAUGAGGAGGAGAGUGAGGAGGAGGAGGAGGAGGAGGAAGUUAAGAAGGUUGUGAAGGAGGAGAGCAGUGAGGAGGAGGAAGAGAGUAGUGAUGAGGAGGAGGAGAGUGAGGAGGAGGAAGAGGAAGUGAAGAAGGUUGUGAAAAAGAAAGAGAGCAGUGAGGAGGAGAGUAGUGAGGAGGAGGAGGAGGAGGAGGAGGAGGAGGAGGAGGAGGAGGAGGAGGAGGAGGAGGAGAGUGAGGAGGAAAAGAAAGUUGUGAAAAAGGAGGAAAGCAGUGAAGAGGAGAGUAGCGACGAGGAGGAGAGCGAGGACGAAGAGAGUGAGGAGGAGAGUGAGGAGGAGAGUGAGGAGGAGGAGGAGGAGAAAGCGAAGAAGUCAAAUCUCAUGGGCAACAAGAGGAGCUUUGAUGCCAUCUCGCCAGGAUCAGGGAGCAAGCUGGGCAGCGCUGCAAGAGCGUUCCAGAGAGUGAAGGUGGAGGAGCGUUCCUCGCUCGCUCUCUCUGCAUGCUUCACCACCCAGUACCACCCUCCACCCGCUCAUCAGCUCCCUUUCUUCUCUGCCAUACCUGCUCUCCUGCGCUCCACGUUCUUCCUCCCCCCCCCCCACCCCCCCACCCUCCUUCCCCUCGCGCCCUGCGUGUGCCCUGUCUACGCGUGUGAUGUGCUAUCCCCUGCAGGUGCAAUUCAAAGAUCCCCGCCUCAUGGAUAA